AUGCUUUUGAGUAGAGCAUUUAAGUCAUUGCUGAAUCAGCCUGUAAUAAAUGAUAUAAGAUACACACAAGUUUGUUUUCAUCGAUUUCGUAGUGUCCCAAAACUAAGAAUUCCUGAAUGGCGCUUUAGAGUAGAGAGGAAAAUUAAGGAUGAUAAUUUGACAUCAGAAAAUCAAAAAUUUAUUAAGGAAGUCGUUGAGCGUGAUUUUGGAAAGCAAGUUAUCCAUAAAGGUGUAGAAACAUAUGAAAGUAAAACACUAUUGAAAGUACCGGAAAUAGAGCCAAAAACAUGGAAGAAAGGAACUAUAAGAUGCGGUGUCAUAGCUAAGAAAUUAGGACACUAUCCUCUUUGGAAAAAAGAUGGAACUAGAAUUUGCACAACAGUCCUUCAAAUAGUUGAUAAUCAUGUAAUUAAAUAUAUACCACCAAACGAAUUUGAGCCAAAAGAACGAAGGCCUUUAAAAAAGUAUGAUAGAAAAGGCUGUAUAUUAGUUGGUGCCGAAUCUGUCGAUCCGAACAUUUUGACUGCAAAUUAUAUGGGCAUGUUUAAAGGAAGUGGCGUUAUGCCUACAAAACAUAUAUUUAGAUUUGUAGUAGAUGAUGUUGCUGCACUUCCUCCUGGCACACCUUUAAAUGUCUCACACUUUCGAGUUGGAGAUCACGUAGAUGUUCGUGGAAAAACUGUUCAUCGUGGUUUCCAAGGUGUUGUAAAACGAUGGGGAUUUAAAGGAGGUCCAGCUACACACGGAAAUACCAAAACGCAUAGACGUCCAGGAUCUCUUUCGUCAGGCGUAAAGUCAAGAAUUUGGAAGGGGAAAAAAAUGCCUGGUGACAUGGGAAAUAGCUGGAGAAUAUUAAAAGGAUUAAAGAUUUGGCGUAUUAAUACAAAAACAAAUACUAUGUGGGUUUCUGGAUAUUCUAUUGCUGGAAAUCCAGGCGAUCUUGUCUACGUUUAUGACACAAUUCUGCCACUUAGACAACCUAAAGAACCUCUUCCUUUGCCAACAUUUUUGGGAGACGAAUCAGCACUUCCAGAGGACAUUUACGAAGACUCCAUUCAUAAAUUUAACGAACCAAGUAUCAUUUAUGAGCCUGAAAAAUAA